UUAGGAGGCAUAGUUGAAGAUUUUGAUAUGGUUUCAGGUAACCAACUUGCAUCUGUGGUGAAGUGGAUGAAUGCUGUGCUUCCUAACUUUAAUUUGCCUUUAGAAACUUCAGAGGAGGAUUUGAGGUUAUUGUUGAGGGAUGGAUCUGUAUUAUGCAGCAUUUUGGACAAGCUGGUUCCUGGUUCAGUGGAGGGAAGUGGUUCAUUGAAUGAGCCAGUGAGUGUUAAAAGGUUUCUGCUGGCUUUGGAUGAGUUGGGAUUGUCUGGAUUUGAAUUGUCAGACCUGGAGCAGGGAUCCAUGGCUCCUGUGUUGCAGUGCCUUGAGAUUUUGAAAACUCAUUUUGCUUUUAAUGCUGCACGAGAAAAUAUCCAAAGUUGGUCUAGAAAGAGGUGGGAUGAGUCGGAUCUAACAUCCCUAGAGGAAACUGAUAGUUUCCUCAAGGAUGCUUCAAAAUUCCAAUACGCAGUUGAUGGUUCUGUUGUAUCAGAUGGAAUUGCUUCUAUAGAUCAUACUGGAUUAAAGUCUAAUGAACCGUUCCAGUUGAAGCGAGGAUUGCAUGUGGAUCUUUUAGAUGCUAAACUUAAUGAAUUAUUAAAAUCAAACAGUUUGGAUAGUGCCUCAACUCAGUCACUUUUUUGCAUAGGAAAUAGGAUCCUAAGCGAUAUCUUUGAAAGGAAGAAUGGAGAUGUACCUCAACGUGCCGCAUGCCUGUUGAGGAAAAUUCUGCAAGUAAUUGAGUUGCGCGUUUCAAAUCAAGCAGAAGGCUUGAAAAAUCAAAACAAUCUUUUCAAGGCUCGUGAGGGAAAGUACCAAUCAAGAAUAAAUGCACUUGAAACUCUGGCAGUAGGGACGACAGAAGAGAAUGAGGUUGUUACAGGUUGGGUUCAGCAAUUGAAGCGUGAACAAACCAAAUUUGAGGAGAAGAAGAAACUUGAAGAGCAGGAUUUUUCUCGAUUAAAGAAAGACAAAGUUCGUAAUGAAAUUGAACUUUCUUCACUGAAGCAGGAAAUGGAAAUGGCCAAAAGAACACAUGAAGAACAUGUUUCGCAAUUAGAAUUGCAAGCAACUGAAUCCAAAGCUGAAUAUGAGAAAAGGAUAGAGGAACUUAAGCGUCAUCUUGCUAAUGCAAGGAAGCAAGUGAAGGAACUGGAGGCAUUUUCAGAAUCCAGAUCUUUGAAUUGGAAGAAUAAAGAGCAUACUUAUCAAAGUUUUGUCAAUUACCAAUUUGGAGCUUUCCAGGAAUUGAGAGCUGCAAUGAAGUCUGUCAAAAAUGAAGUGAUAAAAACAAAAAGAAGCUACUUAGAGGAAUUCAAGUACUUUGGAACCAAGCUCAAAGGUCUAGCUGAGGCUGCUGAAAAUUAUCAUGUAGUUCUAGCAGAAAAUCGGAAAUUGUAUAAUGAAGUUCAAGAUUUGAAAGGAAAUAUCAGGGUAUAUUGUCGAAUUAGACCAUUUCUUCAGGGACAAAGUCAAAACCAUACAACAAUUGAGUUUGUUGGUGAUGAUGGAGAAUUAGUUAUUAGCAAUCCUCUUAAACAAGGAAAAGAAAGUCGCAAGCUUUUUAAAUUUAAUAAGGUUUUUGGUCAAGCAUCAAGUCAAGAGGAAGUAUUCAUGGACACUCAACCUCUAAUUCGUUCUGUUCUUGAUGGGUACAAUGUUUGUAUAUUUGCUUAUGGUCAAACUGGCUCAGGAAAGACGUAUACGAUGAGUGGACCUUCCCAAUCAACAAAAUCAGAUUGGGGAGUCAACUAUCGGGCACUUCAUGAUCUUUUCCAUUUCUCCCAAAGUAGGAGAAGCUCUAUUGUUUAUGAAGUUGGAGUUCAAAUGGUUGAAAUUUAUAACGAACAAGUUCGUGAUUUACUAUCAAGCAAUGGUCCACAAAAGAGACUUGGGAUUUGGAAUACUGCCCAACCAAAUGGGUUGGCUGUUCCUGAUGCAAGUAUGUAUUCAGUGACUUCAAUGACAGAUGUCCUUGAUUUGAUGAAUACUGGGUUGAUGAAUCGGGCAACUAGUGCCACGGCCUUAAAUGAAAGAAGUAGCAGAUCACACAGUGUUCUCUCUGUUCAUGUUCGUGGAACGGAUUUGAAGGCCAACACUAUGUUGCGUGGAUGUCUGCAUCUUGUAGAUCUUGCAGGAAGUGAAAGAGUGGAUCGUUCUGAAGCAACUGGAGAUAGGCUUAAGGAGGCUCAACAUAUAAAUAAAUCGCUAUCCGCACUUGGAGAUGUGAUAUUUGCUCUAGCGCAAAAGAGUCCACAUGUGCCGUAUAGAAAUAGUAAAUUGACUCAACUUCUUCAGAGUUCGUUAGGUGGUCAAGCGAAAACCCUUAUGUUUGUACAGCUUAAUCCUGAUGUUGCUUCAUAUUCUGAAACUAUAAGCACCUUGAAGUUUGCUGAGAGGGUUUCUGGUGUUGAGUUAGGCGCUGCUCGUAGCAACAAAGAGGGAAGGGAUGUGAGAGAACUUAUGGAGCAGUUGGCAUCUCUCAAGGAUGCAAUUGCUAGGAAGGAUGAAGAGAUUGAGCAGUUGCAGUUGCUCAAGGCUAAUCACAAUGGUUCAAAGCUUGGUAUGAUCUCACGAAGGCAUGGGUCAUCAUCUCCAAGGAGACAUUCCAUAGGGACUCCCCGACAUAGGGUGAGACUUUCCGGAACAAGGAGCUUUGGAGUCAAUGAAAAAGCAGCUUCUGACGUGGAUAACUGCUCAGAGUAUAGUGAUAAGCAUUCAGAAGCCGGUUCUCAUCAAUCAAUGGAUGAUUUCAGGAACAAGUCCAGUUCCCUACGGUUGAAAUUAGCUAGAGAAGAUAUCAGUCAAAAUGUCAAUGAGGAUGUUGAACUCUUAAGAUUUGGAGAUGCAGAUUCGGAGGAGAGAUUAAGUGACAUAUCUGAUGGUGGUCUUUCAAUGGGAACAGAAACUGAUGGUUCAAUCAGCAGUAUUGUGGAAUACACUCUUUUCCCUGAACUUGAGAAGGCAGACGAGACCACACCAACAGCUAACAAGAGAACAGCCGACAACCUUCCAGCUGAGAGCACGGAAAAGGCCAUUAUGCCAUCCAAAAUUCCCAAAGCUCCGCAAGUCCAGCCAAAACUGCAGAGACCAUCUAGGCUAUCAUUGAACAGAAGCUCCUCGAAGGUUUUGUCAAGUGUUAGAAAACCCACAGCCAGUAGCUCUUCUUCGGUGAAGCCUCUCAAACGAUGGCAAUAGUUAGGAUGCCACUUCGAUGCUGUAGAGUGCUAGUAGUGAUAGCUGGUAGGAACUUUUUAUUCAUGUUAGGUGCUAAUUUUAUUAUGAUGCUCAAGGGUUAUAGCUCAUUUCAGCUGCAAUCUGUUAUUGAAUGAGGCUAUUGCAAACUCUGGCUUGUAACUAGUUUGUAUGUAAGCAUAUUAUGGUC